AUGUCUCUGCCUGCUGCUUACCAGAAAGAAAUAGAAUCCCUCGUGGACCAGGUUCGACUCAAGAAUCCGAUCGAUAUUCUACAAUUCUGUUCCGACUACUUCCUCCAACGUCUCGCAGACGAACGCGCUGCCCACUUUACGCGAAAGACUUCAUUGGCUCGUAAUAUUGGUGUUAUGUCGGGAACAGCGUUCACGAGCCCUUUUGGGGUGAACUCAAACCCUUUCGGUGGUGACGGAACAAAAGUUGAGGCUAGCAGUGGACCUCCUGGAGGUCUCCUGAACGUUGUAGAGGAAGAUGAGAAUGAUACGAUUACUUCCCCUACGACUCCAUCGUUCGGAGUCCAUAAUACGUCAGGCGGGCCUUUUCGUGGUCCGUUUGGAGGCGAUGGGUUAGUAGAUGGGCCUCCGUCCUCUAUGCGAACACCACCAAACCCCGACAGCUAUCCAGCCCAGUACAACUUUGGUCGCCGCACCUCAGUCUCCGCCGAAUCGCUGAAGCCUGUGGCAGACGUGAAUGACAACUGGACUCCCCCAUCAUACCCAAAAACACCAGAGCAGCUACAGAGGCUGAGGAAGGCUAUCGAAAACAACUUCUUGUUCAGUCAUCUCGACGAUGAGCAAAACGCCCAGAUUCUAGGCGCUUUACAAGAGAAGCCUAUCCCAGCUAAAGAUAUCAAAGUUAUCAUCCAAGGCGACGCGGGUGACUACUUCUACAUUGUCGAGAAGGGAUCUUUCGAUGUGUACGUCAAUCCCGCCGGCGCAUUGCAACCAGGCGCGGAUGGGAUGGGAAGCAAAGUUAGCAAUAUCCAAGCCGGAGGUUCUUUUGGUGAGCUGGCCUUGAUGUACAACGCACCAAGAGCUGCUACCGUAAUUUCUUCCGACGCUGGUUGUACUCUAUGGGCACUUGAUCGCGUCACAUUCCGUCGCAUUCUCAUGGAGUCUACUUUCGCACGUAGGCGAUUAUAUGAGAGCUUCCUAGAGGAGGUGCCGCUCCUCUCUUCUCUUACGCCUUACGAGAGAUCGAAGAUUGCCGACGCGCUGGAGACCAAGAAGUUCCCGAAAGGCUACACAAUUAUCAGGCAGGGUGAUAUUGGGAAAUCGUUCUUCCUGUUAGAAGAUGGCGAGUGUGAUGCAUACAAAGAUGGCGGGUCACAGUCCGUUAAGCAUUAUAAGAAGGGCGACUUCUUCGGUGAGCUUGCGCUCCUAGACGACAAGCCCCGAGCGGCGGACGUUGUCAGUACAACCGAGGUGAAGGUUGCGACGCUAGGAAAGAACGCAUUCCAGAGGCUACUCGGACCUGUGGAGAGUAUCAUGAGAAGAACCAGAUAUGUGGGUGUCAAGUCGGGGGUUGAAGAUGUCGAUCCCCUACACGCGUAA